UUCCAUUUGUGAAUGUAGAAAACCCAUCCCUAGGAUUUCUCAGGCUCGGAGAGACUGUGGCAGUAUUCCUGGUGGUAUCCCUGCUCCCACCCCCCGUGGCCACUGUCACCCUUCCUCAGCUCCCACCUGACCUGUACAGACACUCAAAGUUCAGCUGACUGCUAUCGCCGUGGCCGCCACUAUCAGCCAACCCCCCAGAGAUGAAUUCCCGGGGAGCUACUGGAUCCUGAAGACAUGAUCCCUACUGGCCUCUUGUUUCCUGGACCUCUGAACCUGUGGAGCUCCCCCUGAUAUUUAAGGAAAUGGCUCCGAUCAUUAAAGGAAGCUGAAAAAUACCCAUGAACCAAAGCGCACCUCUGGGCGUUGGGAGCCGACAGUCCCGGCAGAGUCAUUGAUUCGGCAGGAUUCGGUCCCGAGGCAGAAUGAAGAAGAUCAGUCUGAAAACAUUCCGCAAGUCUUUCAACCUGAAUAAAAACAAAGAAGAGAGCGACUUCGUGGUGGUCCAGCCGUCAUCCCUGGCCGGCGAAUUUGCUAAAGACGAUUCCCUGUUCGGGAGCUGCUACGGAAAAGAGUUGACCGGCUGCGAAGUGAACGGCGAGGACGAGAAGGGCGGGAAGAACCGAUCGAAAAGCGAGAGCCUGAUGGGCUCGCUGAAAAGGCGGCUGUCGGCCAAGCAGAAGCCCAAGGGAAAGGGCGGGCCGGCGUCCUUGGGCUCCGGCGACGAGGACAGCUUUUCCUCCUCCUCCGCCCCGCUGGCCUUCAAGGACGCGCGGGCCCAGCGGCCCCUCCGGUCCACAUCUCUCCGCAACCACCACUACAGCCCGACCCCCUGGCCCCUGCGGCCCACCACCUCGGAGGAGACCUGCAUCAAGAUGGAGGUGAGGGUGAAGGCCCUGGUGCACUCGGCCCACCCCAGCCCGGCCCCGAACGGGGUGCGCAAGGACUUCCGCGAGCUGCAGCCGGACGGGGGCGGCCCGGAGCCCAGCGGUGGCUUCCCGAGGCCGGCGGCCUCUCCCGCCGGGGACCUGCGUCUUCACAUCGACGACCACGUGCCUGUAGUUAUCGGACUCGUGCCUCAGGACUACCUUCAGUACACUGUGCCUUUAGAGGAGGGGAUGUACCCCCUGGAGGGAUCGCGGAGCUGCUGCCCGGACGGGUCCUCGCCCAUGGAGGUCUCGUCGGCCGCGUCGCACGCCGGGGUGGGCCCCUUCUCCGAAGAGGAGGGCCGGCGGGAGGCGGCGGCGGCGGCCCCGGACGGCCCGGGGGAUCCGGCGGGGGACGGCGUGGGGCUCGGCGCCCUGCAGGGCCCCCAGCCCGACCCCGGCGACCCCCCGCCCCUAUCCCCGCUGCUACCUCCACUGCAGAACAACCCCAUCCAAAGGAACUUGGGCGGCCUGGCCGGCCCGGGGGCCCACGGGGCCGAGAGCGUGCGCUGCCAUCUGAACUUCGACCCCAACUCGGCCCCCGGGGUCGGGAGGGUGUACGACUCGGUGCAGAGCAGCGGCCCCAUGGUGGUGACCAGCCUGACGGAAGAGCUGAAGAAGCUGGCUCGGCAGGGCUGGUACUGGGGCCCCAUCACCCGCUGGGAGGCGGAGGGCAAGCUGGCCAACGUGGCCGACGGGUCCUUCCUCGUCCGCGACAGUUCCGACGACCGUUACCUCCUGAGCCUGAGCUUCCGCUCCCACGGGAAGACCUUGCACACCCGGAUCGAACACUCCAACGGCCGGUUUAGCUUUUACGAACAGCCCGACGUGGAGGGGCACACGUCCAUCGUCGAUCUAAUCGAACAUUCGAUCAGGGACUCGGAAAACGGCGCCUUUUGCUACUCGCGGUCCCGCCUGCCCGGAUCGGCCACCUACCCCGUCAGACUGACCAAUCCGGUGUCGCGGUUUAUGCAGGUGCGCUCCUUGCAGUAUCUGUGCCGUUUCGUCAUUCGCCAGUACACUAGGAUAGACCUGAUUCAGAAACUGCCUUUGCCAAACAAAAUGAAGGAUUACUUGCAGGAAAAGCACUACUGAAAGCCCACCGGAAUCUCGCAUCUUGCACUUUGGGAAUAAUAAAAAAAAAACCCACAGAAAACAACAAAAAAAAAAAACCAGAGAGAGAUCGAAAUACAGUUUACAAAUGUUUGUUGCUCUCAAAACCUUUUGCUGCCAUAACAAUGUUUCAGUUUGUGGGUAGUUGAACCACGGUUCUGUUUGGGGUUAUUUUUUUGAGGGGGGAGGGAGGGCGACGGGAGAGUGCUGGCAAGGUGUUUGGGAUUUAUUUUUGAUUUUAUUUUUUAAGAAAAAAAAGUCUUGAGGUUUUUAGAAGUUUGAAGAAUCUUUCAUCAAUGUGCAGAAUAAUCACAAUGUGAAUGAUAAAAUUCUCCUGACUCUCCCCCUACCAUGUCCUUCGCUGCUAUCCACUGUGAUUUUUUAUGCAUUAAAAGCACAUUUCAUGUUCUUCCUCCAUUCAGUAAGGUCUGUCUCUUUGAAUUGCCCCAUUUUCGAAAGCCAAGUGGAGAAAUAGGCCAGUGUGAUAAAUGCCAGGCAAAGGUUUGCAUUUUCCCCAAAAGGGAUUUCCCACCUUCAGAACCGAGUUGUCUUUAAACAAACCCCGGUGGAGAAUACACGGGUGACCUGAGUUGCUCUAACGGAGCCCACAUAUGCAGUGUAACUUUUUACCUGCCCCGUGUCCUAAAUCCACUUCUAAGGUCAACCGUGGGUUUUGGCUCCAGAGAGUUGAACUUUUCUUUCAUUGCCCUUGUAUUUAUUUAUUUUUUGUCUUCAUGGCUUUUAAUAAUUGCCUUUUUCAAAUAGCCUUCCUUGGAGAAAUCUUGAGCACGUACGCCACAGAUCUAGAAAUUGUGGUAACGUCCGUGAGUUGACUGGCAGAAUACCUGCAUAUCGGAAACGGGUGAUGAUGAGAUGGAUUGUGAUCUUGGCUGUAGAGCAGCUCCUUUGGCCGAAGCCAUUUUUCUUGAAAUGCCUCAUUACCUGUGGUUCUCCUCAGACGUGAGAGUUGCAUUCCCGUGAAAACUCGCACGGAAGUUCUCACUACGAUAUCGUGGCCUGCUUGGCUCGUGCUGUUGGAAGAACUCGCCCUAAUCCCCGAGAUGCGCUGAAAGCCUGCCUUGCGGCAGAGCUGAGGGCAUCUACACUACUCCAAAAUAAUAUGAUUUAUCCUUCGUUAUUUUUGCCUUUUGUCCUUGUUCUCUUGGGUGGACUUCGAAUGUACAAUUCCUUUUUUAGUAUGACAAAUUUUAACGCUUCAAAAGGUUUGAUAAUGUACCCACUGAUUAGGAAAAAAAGUUCCCGUGGUGGGGUUCUUAUUCAGAUGUGGUUUUUAUACACUGGGGAUAGAAACAGGUCUGAGUUACCCUGAGUUUUAAUUGGCUGGGGAACUGCAAAACAUGUGUUGGGUGUGGAUAUUGGAAAGAUUCUGUCCUAGUCAGUUAAGAUGCUACUGCUUGUCACUGCUACUGUCCUGAGACGAUUGAAUGAAUAAAAACACUAAGGAGCUUU